AUUAUUGAUGCAAUAACCAUUAUCCUGAAAUGGACGAGGAAGCACAAGGCGAGGAAGGGCACGAUUUAGAGCCUCAUCACGAUGACGAGGAUUUGGGGUUGACAGAAAUGGAUUCGGAACAUCAUUUGGAGCCCGAACACGAGAAUGAUGAUAACACACCCACAGACAUUGUCACCGGAAAUCACGUGGAAGAAUACGAAGAAGAGAACGAUUUGGAGUCCCAUCACGAUGACGAGGAUUUGGAGCUGACAGAAACUGAUUCGGAGCAUCAUCUCGAGCACGAACACGGGGAUGAUGAUAACACACCCACAGAAACUGGCACCGAACAUCACAUGGAACCCGAGAACGAUGAUAAAGGUUCGUCGUUGAAUGAAACUGACACGAAUCCAGCCGAAUCCCCGGGCGAUGACGAAGAGUUGUCGUCGCCGAGAGACAUUGACUCUGACUUGAACAAAUCAGAUUCCUUGCCAAGUCUACCGGACUCAGAACAACAAUCAUUUCCAACAGAAGAAACAAAUGAUAAUUCAUACCAGGCAGCUCAAAAUGGUGACAGACACAUGCAACCAUCGCAAUCGGUGAAACAAGAACGUGGCAUCGCCAACGCCUUACCGGACGACUUCGAUCUCCUUGCUGAAUACGAUGAUGAUUCUGUAGCGAGCUCUCAAGAUGCUACUAAACUCACCUGGUCAGCAGCCCAAAUCGCUUUUCUCAUCUCUGCCCCUCUUUUCUUCGUUGGGCUUGCUCUGGUGAUCAUGGGGGCGAUCAACUUUCCACCGACUUUCAACCUCUUAACCAUCGGUAUCCCAGUGUUCAUCAUUGCUUUGAUUGUGUUUAUUGGUAGUACUGCAUAUCUAUGCUUCUAUAAAGCAAACAAGAUGAAGUUAUUUGAAUUCGGAGGUGACAUGGAAGGGACCGGGGAGAUUGCUGGAGUGGGUAAUAUGGUUUACACUCAUGAUGACGAAACAAUGGUACCUAACUCGGCUUAUGAUGACCACGAUCAGGAGAUGAUGCCGUCUCAUCAGGGAGGAGACGAUAUGACCCUCAGUCAAGAUGGGGUGACCAUGCAGCCUUCUACGAUGGUUUAUACAACAGAGGACCAGGGAGAGAGCCUGCCUUUAUAAAAAAAAAAACAGAGAAAAUGAAGAAAGCUCGUUAUUCAAAGCACAACUGAUUAUACAUGUACAUGUUGUAGAUGUAUAGACAAACUGUAAACUGCAUAGAACAAUUCAUGUGAUUUUCACUACGGUCAGAAUAUUUUUUUUUUAAAUAAAUAUGUCAAUAAACACAAUGUUUACAUGUUUAGAGUGGUGUCUAUACAGCACAUUGUCAACAUGUGUCAUUAGUAAUGGCUUUCCGACCUAAAUGUA